AUGUCGCGCGAUUCUACCUUCACCUAUCUGCAUCUGCACGCAUCCAACCACGCUGAUCUGCUCGAGGACUUCACACGCGUCAAACUGCCAACCGAGGAGAUCAAUGUCGCGCCGCAGCAUCAGCCUCUCAAUCCCGACGAUGAAGACGACGUGGUUCCCGACCAGCACGCCGCGUUUGGCAUUCAGCGGGCGCAACAGAAGUCUCGCGAACCGGCGUGGAGGGAUCUAGGAUUGGACAGGUUGAUGACCGCUGGUCCACCUCCAAAGCAAGGCCAGGCGAGUGCCGGCGCGGUGCUGGGCAGCAGUGCGAGUCGCGUGUUGAGAUGA